AUGGUGACAUUCUGGCCGUGGAAAUCGGCUGAAGACGCUGCCUCAUUUGAGAAGACCCUAUCUACCCUAUCCGAGAAGAUAACCAGGACCGCCACUCGAAACGAUGCUUUGCGACAAAGAUCGAGACGUGUACGUGUCAUGUGGACUCUGUAUGCGGGGUUCGCAUACAUCCUCGCGGCGCUCCUGUUGCUCCUGGUGACAGGUUGGAGAAGUUGGGGAGCUACAGAGGUUUCCAUAAUGUCUGGAGGGCCAGUCAUUAUUUACACUGUCCGAACUGCCUUCACGACCUACUACGACUACCGCAUCUCGAAAACGGAGAGCUAUCUUGAGAGCCUACAGAGCGAACGGGACGCGACAAUCGAGAGACUGAAGGCCGCUACGAAAUACAACUCUACCCAACAACUACUUGAGAAGUAUGGGUCACCGCCCAAGUCGAAAGAUGUAGCCUCUCCAAGCGAUAAAAAGACAUCCCAAGGCCCACAGCAUCCACCUCUACCACAGGGCCCGCGAACAAAUAUGGCCCCGCCGCCGACUGCAAACAUUCAACAUCCCCCUGGUCAGCAACAGUUCAUUCCCCAGAGGCCGGAAUCUGCUGGAUCAUCGUCGCCAGGUCCUUCUCCAGUUCAGGCUCUACCGUCUCGAGAGCUACCAGGAGCGGAUUUUGCACCCAAUGCCUUCGGCGCUGAUACAACCAAACAAUACUCUUCAUCUGCUGCUUCAACAUUCAUGCAGCCUCAUUGGUACGACAGAAUUCUCGAUGCGUUGCUGGGAGAGGACGAAACACAACCCAAGAACCGUCUAGCUAUGAUCUGUAGCGAGUGUAGACUCGUCAACGGUCAAGCUCCACCAGGUACUCGGACUCUUGAGGAUAUCGGACGAUGGCGUUGCGGAGGGUGUGGAGCAUGGAAUGGAAAAGAGAAGGUCAAGGUGGAUGCUGUUGCCAACUUGGUACAGGAUUGGGAGGCAGAGAGGCAAAUUAGAGCAAAAGAAUUAGGCCAUAGCGCGGAAAGUGAUGCUGCCUCGGACAGCAGAGAAUAUCUCGAUGAAAGUUUAGGGGCAGGUGCGGCGAAAGACUCCUCCGACGAGGUCCAACCUCUCGCCAGAACGACAAGGAGCAAGAAAUCCAAGGGGAAGAAAUAG